CAGAAGCCCCGCCCCUCCCCUCGCCCAGAGGUGGGGGGGGCCGUCGGCGUCACUUCCGUCCAGGCCGGAACCCAAGAUGGCUGCGCUCUGGUUGAGACGUGCUGGCCAUCAUUGCCUCCGUGCCCACCUUAGUCCUCUGCUCUGUAUCAGAAAUGCUGUUCCUUUGGGAACCACAGCCAAAGAAGAGAUGGAGAGGUUCUGGAAUAAGAACACUGGUUCAAACCGUCCUUUGUCUCCCCAUGUCACUAUCUACAGAUGGUCUCUUCCCAUGGUGAUGUCCAUUUGCCACCGUGGCACUGGUAUUGCCUUGAGUGCAGGGGUCUCUCUUUUUGGCUUGUCAGCCCUCUUGGUCCCUGGGAGUUUUGAGUCUCAUUUGGAACUUGUAAAGUCCCUGUGUUUGGGGCCAGCGCUGAUCCACACAGCCAAAUUUGCACUUGUCUUCCCUCUCACGUAUCACACCUGGAAUGGGAUCCGACACUUGAUGUGGGACCUAGGAAAAGGCCUGACGAUUUCCCAGCUAUACCAGUCUGGAAUGAUUGUCUUGGUUCUUACCGUGUUGUCCUCUGUAGGGCUGGCAGCCAUGUGAAGAGCCGACGUUCCCAGCAUCGUCUUCCUACCAGUUAUUGCAUUGACCCAUCUUCCUGUUUGUUACUCUUAUCUUAAGCCAGGGCAAAGUUAUCUUGAUUUGUUUAGACCCUUUUGUGCUUGCAGAUCCCCUUGGAGCUCAGCAGUAAGAGUACCUUAUAGAACCAGAGUAGUGGAAAAGGAUCCAGUUUUCCCCUUAUUUCUAAAGAUGGAAUGACUGUAAAGACUCCCUUUUCCUGCCCCCAGCUUGCAGCCUACUCUGGGCCUGGGAGCCCUCAUUCUCUCUCCAUAUUAGGCCUUGAUUUGUGCUGAGGGUCAGCUUUUGGCUUCUUCCUAAGACAGUGGAAACAAUGCCACUCUGUGGCCUCUGCCAUGGGGACUGGGAGUGGGGCUUGGGUUGCCACUGCCUGUGGGUUGCUGGCUUAAAGGACAAUUCUGUUAAUUGGUCAGAGCCCAGGGUCUUUAACACCCACACAACGUGACUGAAAGAAGAGGGGUGGGGGUGGAGGGGAAUUAGCCUGUCCUGGCUAGAGGGAGAUGAAGAGAGUAAGUUGGCUCUUGGAGCACAUGCUUUGGGGAGAAGAAGAUAUAUAGCUUUUGAUGCAAGAGGAAGAUCCAGAAAACUAUCACUGAACCUAUUAAGGAUUAUUUCUCUUCCUUGCAUUUCCAGAAAAACCAAACCUCUUAUUGUCAUGUUUUCUAAUCCAAAUUCAUGCGACAGCUUUUUCUGAAACAGAAUUAAAAUUAUUAUUUUGUCUUUGA